ACUCCACCCCGGCAGGGCGGGCGGGAUGGGCCGCGGCGCUGCCGCCACCGUCGCCGGCAUGGGUGGCGCUGGCCCGGUGGACACGCAGCUGCUGGCUCGAGGUGACGGCGGCGCUCUGGUCUUGAUGGCUCCCGCGGUACGCUCAUCGGAGGUUUCCAUGGAGCCCAGCCCGGCCGGGAGCUCGGUGCGGUUGCCUUGGAGACUGAAGCUCGGCGCCUGCGGCGCGGUUCCUCGUUAGGGAUAAGGCAAGUGAGUUCCGAAUACAGCAAAACAACCCGCGAAUUCAGGGGGAAUCCUAAUUCCAAUUCCUAAACUGAGAUCCCUGCGUCGUCGCCGAUGCGGUCUCCUUCGUCUUCCUCCUGAUACGAUACAGAUUCAGAUUCAGAUUCAGAGAACAAAUAUAAGCGGAGGGAAAUACAGGAGUCGACGCCACGCCAGCCUCCGAUUCCUCGAUUGGGUCCCGACGAGCAAUCGUUCGUGGCCAUGGGGCAUCUGCCGCUGAUGCGCCUUAUGGCCAUGAAGCGCGAGCGCCGUCGCCUGCGGCGGAAGCGUCGCCGUCAACAUGCCCUAGCCCCCGAUGAGUCUAUCGCUUCAAUGAAGAAACGAAAGAGUUCAUCUUAUCAACAAGUUGAAAAUACUCAUAGUGACAAAAGGCUGAGAUAUUCAGUUCCAUACCUUCCGGAGGGAAUCUGGCAGCAUAUACAUUCCCUUAUGCCGAUGGGAGAUGCUGGGCGAGCUGCUUGCUUGUCUUCUGCCUUUCUAUAUUCUUGGAGAAACCGUCCCAAACUCACCUUUAGUACUGAAACAAUAGGUAUUGUUGAACGUAGACCUGAUUUCAUCAGAAAAAUCGAUCGCAUUAUGAAAAAACACUCGGGCAUUGGUGUGGAAGCUCUUACAAUUGAGUUCAUGGAUCUCUACACUACCAAAGCACGCAGUUACCUCGAGAGAUGGCUUCAAAUUGUUGUUACACCGAGGAUCGAAGAGCUCAGUCUCAUGGUGUCUCCAUUGAAGCGAAAAUCAUAUUAUGAUUUCCCUUGCUCACUUUUAUCUAAUGGGAAUGGAAGCUCGAUUCGGCUUCUUGAUCUUCACUGCUGUACAUUCCACCCCACACCGGAACUUGGUUGCUUCCAAAGCUUGACUAGGCUGCAUCUGGAGCGCGUGAUAAUUACAGGGGAUGAAUUGGGGUGCCUUCUCUCCUCUUCAUCUGUUCUGGAGCGGUUGGAGCUCAGGGCUUGCUACCAUAUAGAGCACUUGAAGCUACCUUCCACGCUACAGCAGCUCAGCUACAUGGAGGUUUGUGACUGCUGCAGGUUGCGAAGAAUAGAGAACGAAGCUCCAAACCUAUACAGUUUGCACUUAUCUGGAUGGUAUUUCUCUACACAACUCUGCUUUGGAGAGUCAUCUCUGGUGAAGAACCUAAGGACGGGACAUUUCUUUUCUCUCUAUCGUGCUUUUGCGGAACUUCCUUCUAUUUUUCCGAACCUCGAAACUUUUGCCAUAAGAUGGUUGCCUAGGAUGGGCGAUGCACCAAUGGUACCUAACACCUUCUGCCAUCUCAAGUACCUGUCCAUACUUCAAACAACUCGUUCUGCAUCAUUCGAUUAUUUGUCUCUGGUGUCCUUUCUAGAUGCCUGCCCGUCUUUGGACACUUUCAUCCUGAAUAGUCAUGCCAGGCACUCGGAGGAUGACUCGAUCAUUGUAAACCCCUCAGAUCUAAGGCAGUUGCCAGGGCAAUACCAUGGCAACCUCCGGGAUGUGAAGAUCACCAGAUUCUGCUCUGCAAAGAGCUUGGUCGAGCUAACUUGUCAUAUUCUCAAGAAUACGUCAGUUGAGCGCCUUACCUUAGACACAACUGAAUGUACUCUUAGAUGUUCUCCCGGCGAAACCGGCAGAUGUUCCUACAUCAUGGAUAAGAAUGACCUCCUGAUAGCCUCCAGAGCACUCUUGGCUAUCAGGACAUACAUAGAGGGAAGAGUUCCCUCCACAGUUAAACUGAACGUGGUAGAGCCCUGCGGCCGCUGCUAUGUCAUCCCGCCAUUUAGGAUAUAGCUAUUCUACGGUAGGUACGGAGAGUUACCAAAAUUUUAAGAUAUGUUCUUUUAGAAAGGAUGAAGUGUAAGAUUAUUUGAUUUUUUAUAGCUAUUUAUAGCGGUAUAGAUGAUAAAAUUAAAUACUACGGAGUUAAAAAUCUACUUUAGAGAGUUAUAAAUCAUGAUCGUCCAUUAUAUGGUUCAUGGCUUUUAUAUAUUUUGUCUCUUCAAUGUAA